AUGCGAGUCACUGGCGAGCGUGGCAUCACAGGCGAUGGUGGUGCAACAGGUGAUACUGGUGGGGUCAGUUUGAAGUGGGGGCACGUGGGGGGAAGGGACGGGAGUGGUGAGAGAAAGGAUGACUUGGAAGCGGGAGAGGGUACGGUGGAGAUAGAGAGGGAGGACGGCAGGGGAGAUGAUGAUGUUGCUUGGGUGCAAGAUGUCAGUUGGGCUGGAGAUGAUGAGAACAAUUGUGAUGGUGCUGAUGAGGGACAAAAGGAGGAUUCUAAGCUAUGUGAGGAUCCACAACAGCAUACGGACAGUGCAAAGACCAGUAUGGAUAUGGCUGACCGGCAUGGUCUCGUUAGACCAGUAUAUCGUGCUCUAGUCGCGGCGACGAAACGGCUCGCAUCGGAAAUCGAACGGCACAAAACUACCGACGUCUUCUCUCUGUCCGAGGUUUCAUGGCUGCAAGACAACACGCCAGGCGCCUUAAGAGCCAUCAAGCGAGGCAGGGACGCCUCUUUGGCGCUGCUAAGGCAGGAAUUUCGAAUGCCGCUUACAGGAGAGCCAGGCUCCGUACAAGCUCAAGAGGACUGGGGUCAACGUCUGGAUCAAGCCCUUUCGCUGCUUGCUGUGUUGAAUCGACGGCUGGCAGUGCUGCAGACACAUUCUGCCUCCGAUCACAGCGACAAUCUGAGCCAUGGCGUCCGAGUGGAAGUGCAGAGCAAGUUCCAAGUCAUGGACCAGAUCCAUUUCGGCGCUCUCUACCACUACAGAGUCCGCAUUCGUAAUGAGGGAGUGAAUGAGCCAGUGCAGCUUGUCAGCAGACAGUGGGUUAUUAAGGACUUCGAUGGGAACAUACAGGAGGUUAUUGGACCUGGCGUUAUUGGCAAGCAACCCAUCUUGGAUCUUGUCCGCGCUUCUCACAUUCUUAUCAAGCACCAAGGCUCCCGUCGUCCGGCAUCUUGGAAGGAUCCCAAUGGAGAGACAAUAGGGCGAACCACGAAGGAGGCGGCGAUUCAGCAGCUGCUGGCGAUUAGAGAACGCAUCGCCAGUGGCGAGCUGGACUUUGGCCAGGUUGCCAAGACUGAAUCGCACUGCAGCUCCGCCAGAAACAAUGGAGAUCUGGGCUGGUUCAGCCGAGGCCAGAUGCAGAGACCGUUUGAGGAAGCGACGUUCGGGAUCAAUGUGGGGGAGAUGAGCGGCAUUGUGGACACGGACAGCGGAGUGCACAUCAUUCUACGCACUGGAUAA